AUGUCCAGCAUCGAGAGCGCCAUGAGCGAAGCUCCCCCGGCCGUGGCGAUGGGCCCGAGCUAUCGUCCUGCGCUGACCCAAGUCCCCGAGCCCGCGCGCACGUUGCUGGAGAAGUGGAGCGGGAUUGCACCGGAAUCGAUUGCCAAGCAUGUAAACGACUUGAGAGACCGUGCAUAUAAAGUGUAUCCGUACGCCUCUAUUGGCCUUUUUACCUUUCUUGAUCUGGACCUCCCCCUGUGCCCCGACUAUCCAGAAGUACUGCAGCGGGUGAAGAAUGGCCAGCUGUUCCUCGAUCUAGGAUGCUGUUUCGCACAGGAAGUGCGACUGUUGAUCUCUGAUGGCGCUCCGCCACAAAACGUCUACGGCGCAGACCUGUCCGCCACCUUUAUAGAUAUGGGCUACGAGCUCUUCCUCGACAAGCUCAAGCUCGGCGCCCGUUUCAUAACAGACGACAUCUUUAGCCCGGAGUCAAUUCUCGCAGCCGAAUUCACUAAUCGCCUGCAUAUUGUUCAUGCAAGCAACUUCUUCCACCUCUGGAAUUGGGACCGGCAGGUCGAGGCCGCUAAACUCGUCGUCAAGUUACUUGCUCCGGAGCCCGGAUCUAUGAUUAUCGGCAGUCAGGUUGGCUCGAAGAGAGCGCGGGCAUUGGAGUUACCUGUAUCCAAGGACCCGCUCUUUAUUCAGAGUCUGAAGACUUUUAGACUACUGUGGGAGCAGGUGGGGCGGGAAACCGGGGUGAAGUUUGAAGUCACGGUGGAGGAGCACAGGUUUUCGGAACAAGAUGCUUAUGCCUGGCCUGAGGAGCUGGAGGCUUUUCGUAUGAUCUUUGUUGUGAGGAGGACUUAG